CCUCGCGCGUUCAGUCUCACUUUGACGGCGAAGCACACAGACCUUUCUCUCUCCGCUGCGAGUCGCAGAGGCGUCCAAGAGAACUACUUGUUUUUUUGGUUUCCGCUCAGGGAGACGCUCGAAUGAUGCGUUCUCGGAGAAGGACUGACGGGCUCUGGCAGAUGGGCUGCGAAUGCGUUUGUCCCAGGUUUUGAUAUUUGAGCGGGGGGCUGCGGGAUGGAGACUGUAGGCUUCCCUCGCCUCGCCACCUUCACAUGGAGGUACUGACUCAGAGGGAGAAGGGCUGAAAGACGAUCUUCAUUCACGAUCUACUGGUUUCCAGGCGCUCGUUUCAGCUUGAGCGUUCUGGAAGACGUCAUCUCAAAGUUGGGCGAAAUGAAAACGCGUACGCAGCCCCCCAAACUGAUCGAUAGACUGUCGUAAGGGGACAGCGCGAGCUUUAUAGAUCCUGAAGGGAAACCGCGCGCGCGAAUCCAAACUCGUUCAGCUCCGUCUGCAGUAGCAGCGGCGGGCUGUGAGUUGAACUUCUGGACGGCGCGGCGGCUGAGAUGGUGAGCUCUCUGCGAGCUCCACCUGGCCCGUCUCAUUGAACGGAGAGUUACCGAUGGCGUGAUCAGCGACGUGCUCCGUUUGCGAUGGAUGAUAAAUCCAACAAACUCCUUCUCAUCCCUGUCCUGGCCGUUCUGUUCGUAAUGCUAUGCUAUCAGUACAUCUGCCCUGCGGACAGCACGUCUUGUCGGCUCCGGAGCGGAUUGUCCCAAUACUCGCCGGGGCUGGACGGCAAGGCUGACGCGCGAGAGCCGGACGAGCAGGGUCCGGGGACGUUUCCGUCCAUGUUCAACUUCACCCUUGAAGACCUGGAGCGCCACGUGGAUUUCGACAUCAAGGGCAGCGACGUGAUCGUGUUCCUGCAUAUACAGAAGACCGGGGGCACCACGUUCGGGAGGCACCUGGUGAGGAACAUCCACCUGGAGCGGCCGUGCGACUGCAAGCCCGGCCAGAAGAAGUGCACGUGCCACCGACCGGGCAAAGCAGAGUCAUGGCUCUUCUCGCGCUUCUCCACCGGCUGGAGCUGCGGUCUGCACGCGGACUGGACCGAGCUGACCAGCUGCGUGCCCGCUGUCAUGAACAAAAAGCAGAGAAAAGACGCGCCGCAGGAGCGAAGGAACUUCUACUAUAUCACGCUGCUACGGGACCCCGUGUCGCGUUACCUCAGCGAAUGGAAGCACGUGCAGCGUGGCGCCACGUGGAAGACUGCGCUCCACAUGUGCGACGGUCGCCCGCCCACACCCGCCGAGCUGCCCGCCUGCUACAGUAGCGAGGACUGGACCGGGGUGUCCCUGGUUGACUUCAUGGCCUGUCAGUCCAACCUGGCCAACAACCGGCAAACGCGCAUGCUGGCCGACCUGAGCCUAGUGGGCUGCUACAACCUGUCGUCUAUGAGCGAGGGCCUGCGGGCCGAGCUGCUGCUGGACAGCGCCAAGCGCAACCUGCGGCGCAUGGCCUUCUUCGGCCUGACGGAGUUCCAGCGCAAGACGCAGUUUCUGUUCGAGAGGACGUUCGGCCUGCGCUUCAUCGCGCCCUUCACGCAGAUCAACAGCACGCGCGCCGCAGGCGUGGCCGUGGACCCGGCCGUGCGCCUCCACAUCGAGGGGCUCAACGCGCUGGACGUGCAGCUGUACGAGUACGCGCGCGAGCUCUUCCUGCGGCGCGUGCAGCACUGCCACCAGCAGGAGAGGCGCAGGGAGAGAGCGAGGAGAAAAGAGCAGCGCAGGAGGAUGAGGGAGCACAGGGCCUCGCAGCUCAGGCAGUGGGGAGGGGAGGAAGAGGAGGGUAGUGAGGAAGAGGGGAAUGACAGGAUCAUGGGUGUUACGGAGGACUACAGCAGUCAGGUGGUGCGGUGGUGAACCUGCACCUCUCUCUCUGUCUCCCUCCUGUUUCCAGCUGGCCCUCGUUCACUCGCUCAGUGCCCACAACGGUUCACUUGUUAACAUUCACUGUUCAUGUAGUGUUUGCUGUGGAGUGGAAAUGACAGAUUUAUUGCCGUGAAUUCAAACAACAGGGCAAAAAAAAACAAACAAACAACAAACACAACAAAGUGCACUCUUUUCUUAUAGCUAGCACUUUUGACCUCACCAUUUCCCCCAUGGGGAAUUCACUCCAGGACUGUAUUACCUCAAGUAAAGUUUGUUGUUCCAUCAGUCUUUCAAAAUGCCUGUGUAAGGACACAAAUGCUCUGCUAUGCUGGUGAUGUUGUGCCGAAGAAAGAAGAAGCCAAUGCAUGCAGGGCAGAUUUUCGCCAUAGAAUGUAAUGUACAGAAUGCAUUCCAGGGAUGUUUUCACUCACAAAACUAAAUUAAAACAUGCAAAAAAAAAAAAAAAAGCACCAACCAGCUGUAAUCGAGACUUCUGCGUGUUUCCCAAAAUCCAAAAUAUACAUCGGCUUCUGUUUACACAUGAGCCCUACCGGCUAUACACCUCGGUGUUUCACUCUCGUGCAGGUGUCGUCCUAACUUUACUGGGAUUUUGACUCCAGCUUGUGUUCACACUGAACACCUUUCCCAUUCAACUACUGUUAAAGCGCCUAUCGCUGCAGUCUGGAGAAAAUCUCUCCAUUUUUGUCGAUUUUCAAUGUUUCACAUAGUCUGAAAAUGCCUGUUGGCCUUUACAUUGUGUCAAAAUGAUGAAUGGACCAAAAGAAAUGGCCCAAAAUUACUUGGAAAACAUUCUGGUUCCAUUGACUUACAUUAAAAGUAAAGUAGGUUUUUUCUCUUUUCCUGUAAAGUCACCAUUUUGGAGAUACAAGGUUUGGUUCUGACAGCAGAGAUAUGUAAAGGGGGCUUUUCCCAGUUGUAGCCCUUUAACAGCAGUUGAUUGGGAUGUACGUGUUCACGUUAGCCAUCUCAAGACAUGAAAUCCUUAGCAUGAAGGGUCAACACCUCUUCAAUCUUUAAUCAUGUACUCCUGCUAAUGUAUCCUUACUGUUAACCUUACUGUAAAAACAAAAACAGAAACAUUUCACUUUGCCAGUGGUGCUGUGUUGCUUUUUCAGUGGUCAUGCACACUCAAAGGGGCAGUUUCUUGUUGCUUCUCUUUAGCAGUGUCACAACGAUCAUACAAAAGACACCAAAUGUUGCUUUCCGUUUACCAAAACUGAAAACGUGACUGUAAAUACAACAGACGCCGAUACAUUAUUCAGUUUUUAUACAACUUUACUAGUACUGGUCAUCAAUCUGCCUAGGAUUUUGACUUCAUCUUGGGGUCACACUUAACCCUUUCUCAUUUAUUUAUAGUUAAAUACCCCUGUAAACACAUAGGUGUGAUGACAAAGGGCUCAUGGUAACCCCGUGGAGAGGCAAGGGACUGAGUGAACGUGAAUCAUUGCGAUCUAAUGAAAUAUCAUUUUAUGUUACUGACAUUUCUUUUCAAAUCUUUUCAAGCCGAACAAAAGUUGUGGACAAAGCUAACAAAAAAACCAUCAUAGGAUAAUGCACAACAGUUCUGACUGUAAAACCCCCUUGUCCCUGGUUCCCCUCAUCCUAAGGGGGGCCACUUGGAUGUAAUGCUGGUAGUGUGCACUCCUGAAUCAUGAGAUGAAGUAGGCGAGGGUGUGUUCAAAUCAGUAUUCAUAUGCAGGGGUCUCUCUUUCUCUUCAUCUCUCCGUCUCAUUCUCAGAAGUUUAUUCAUCUUUAUUUAUCUUGCACUCCACCUCUGUCUUGCUCUUUGAUGAGCACUGCACCCAGGAGGUCUGUUACAGCGCUGUUGCACGAGCACUGUUGGUGUUUUCAUUUAUUGAGACAAAGGGAGAAAGAGUUUAAUGUACUUGUUUAUGAAAUAGCUUAACCGUCCCCAGCCCCUGCUGCUGUAUUGUAGCUCUCCGAAGAAAUGGAAUGUCUUUGUAAUGGAACAGAUACGACUUGGUAUUGACACAUUAAAGAUUGAUGUUAUCAAUUUGAUAACACAGUCAUACACUUUUUUUUUUUAACAGAACAAAUGGAAAUGAUGUAUAUACUAUGUUACCAUCUCUGAUUUCACUGGACUAGAUUAAUGAACCAGGAAUAGGCCUGAACAUAUCAUCACUAACAUGUCUACUUGAAUUUUUAUUUUUUUAUGUUAAAUUGUUCUCCUGGGAUUGUAAAACACUGACAUUGUAAGCCUUACAGGAGGAAAAAUGAAGUGGAAGAAUUGUGAAUGAUUUGGGUCAGUGAUGUCGUCACUGCAAAUUGCUGUAAAUUGCUGUUAUCUAAGUGUACUUAAUGACUAAAAUAAAAAAAAAACACAUAAAUCCACAUUAAUUAUAACUAGAUACAUCUUAGUACAUCUUAGUCAAUACCCAUUCUACCGCAUAAUUGUAUUUCUUU